AGUAAAGCUGCUAAAAGGCUCUGGAGUCGGACUUCUCCCCCAAUUUAUGAUAGCAUUAAAAAGUACGAGCUUAUCAAACGCACCACCGCCUGAAGCCGUUGGGAUACCCUGUGAGCAACAAGCUGGACUGGACUGGACAAAACGCCCACCACUGCGCCGGUGCUGCGACUCUCCCAAGCGAAUGGCAUAAAAUCAACGCAAUUAGCUCACAGUACGUGUUGCUUUGAGUUAAGCUGGAGAAAGGAAGAUGUCGGCAGGUUAUAAAGAUGAUCAGGGAGACUGGCAGACCGUGUUCCUCAAGUACCUUCUGUUUGUGUUUAACUUUCUCUUUUGGUACUUCCAAUCCCACCACCUCCUUUCUUCCUCUUGCUCUACCAUUUCAGGUGGGCGGAGCUGCUGUCUUGGGUGUAGGAGUCUGGACUCUGGUGGAGAAGAGCGACUACUUGAGUCUGCUGGCUUCCAGCACUUUUGCCGUCUCUGCAUAUAUCCUCAUCCUGGCCGGCAGCCUUGUGGUGGUCACUGGCUUCUUAGGCUGCUGUGCCGUAAUCCGGGAGCAGAGAGGCUGUCUGUCCACGUAUUUUUUCUUCCUGCUGUUGAUCUUCUUGAUCGAGCUGGUGGCAGGAGUCUUGGCUUAUGUAUACUACCAAAGGUUGAGUGAAGAGCUGAAGCUGCAUCUCAACCAGACAAUGACAGAGAAUUAUGCUCAGCCAGGGAAGGAGGCCAUCACAUCAGCUGUUGACAGACUGCAACAGGAUUUCAAAUGCUGUGGCAGCAACAACUCCCAGGACUGGCAGCAGAGUGCGUACAUUACUUCUACUCAUGCAGCACACAGGGUGGUGCCCGACAGCUGCUGUAAGACCAUCACCCCUCUCUGUGGCAAGAGAGACCACCCCUCAAACAUCUACAAGGUUGAGGGCGGUUGCAUCACUAAGCUGGAGCAGUUUCUAGCUGACCAUCUACUGAUUAUUGGUGCCGUGGGCAUCGGAGUGGCCUGCCUACAGAUCUGUGGGAUGGUGUUCACCUGCUGCUUGUACAGGAGGAUCAAGGAGGAACCUUACUGAGCACACCAGGCUCCCAACACCAGUUCCGACAGAGAACAUGGCCUUCUGACACUUAACUUCAGUUUUGGAAUGUUGAAAUCUGAGCUUUUGAUCUACAUACAAUCUAAAUACAGGUUUUAAGCUUCAUUACGAACGUAUCCCUAAGUUUUCACGUCUGGUUACGUCAUUAUCUUAGACGCAUUUCGCAGUUGUGCAUAAGCUGAAGUAAUUUUGCAUUCUGCACAACUAAUGCAGAAUUAACUACUUCAUUUUACAUUUGUGGAUUCAUUUUAUGAGGCUAUUUAAGACUUGAAUACGCUGAAUAACAGCACUGUGUAUGUUUGUGUUGUUUAUGGAGGAAGGUAACACCAUCAAGCUCAAAUAAAAUCCUAAUAGCUAUGUUUAUGUUCAUGGCUUUAUUCUUAACAGUAAAAUAUUU